UAAAUUUGGUAGGCCACAUUAAUUGUCAGUAAAAAGGAUAUAUGGUAUUGCUAUUUCUGAUCACAGGUCACAAACUCAGAUAUUCCUCCUUCCUUUUUUAUUUAUUUAUUUAUUUUUGUGCACAAAUUAGAAUUUGCUUCCAUCUUUAGAUAAUCUUAGGAUUACCUGAAAUAAUUAACAACUAAUGAAAAAUUACAAAUCUCACUAGAUCACGCGCCGAGCCGAGCCGAAGCCGAAGCCAAACACAAAGCCAAAGUCCAAAAAAGCCCUGCUUUAAUUUGCAGGAGAGAAUCCAAAGGAUUAUUUCUCUUACAAGAACGCGAAGAACUGAAACUGAAGUUCUCUCUCUCUCUCUCACUUUCUCUCACACACACUUCACAACCAUAAAACACACACACACACACACAAUUAAAAAAAAAAAAAAAAAUCUGAGUUUCCAUACAUGCAUAGAUACCUGUAAAGGGGGGCGGAAAAAAGGAAAGGGAUUGUUUAAAUUCAGAUAGUUUUUUUUUUUUAUCAGUCAAGGCUCCAUCUUUCUUUCUUCUUAUCCCUAUACACACAUAUAGAGAAAAUCCGGGGUUUCGUAUUGGCUUCUCCCGGUCCGAACCAAUCAGUUAUGUUGGAAGACCAACCUUGUCUCGUUUCGAGGGACUACCCAAUGAGCUGCGAUAGAGAAGGCAAUAACAAUUGGCACAUUAAUUACCGCCCCGAGAAAAACGAAGCCCAUCACAGCAAACGCCCGUUAGAAACAAACGGUGACGACGAAGAAGAGCAUAUCGUUAAAAAGCCCUCGUUAUCCGUUAGUGAUCCGAUCCCAACCGACCAAUCAGAUUCUCAGCAAUCAGAUUCGCAGCGCCACGCUGGCGAUAAUUCCGAUUCGACUUCAUUAAUUGGAGCGAUAGGAAAAGACAACUCGAUAAGCUGCCUUAUCCGCUGCUCGCGAGCCGAUUACGGAGCCAUCGCAUCAUUAAACAGAAAUUUUCGUUCCCUUGUAAGAAGUGGGGCCCUCUACAAACUGAGGCGCCAAAACGGGGUCGUCGAGCAUUGGGUGUACUUUGCAUGCCAGCUGUUAGAGUGGGAGGCAUUCGACCCGGCCCGGCGCCGCUGGAUGCAUGUGCCGCGUAUGAACCCUAAUGACUGCUUUAUCUUCGCCGAUAAAGAAUCUUUAGCCGUGGGUACAGAGCUCCUCGUCUUUGGUCGCGACCUAAUGUCGCACGUCAUUUACCGUUAUAGCCUCCUCACUAACAAGUGGACCACAGGCAUGACCAUGAACGGGCCCCGCUGUUUGUUCGGCUCCGCCAGCCUCGGCCAGCUGGCGAUUCUUGCUGGCGGCUGCGAUUCCCUAGGGAAUAUUCUCUCCUCGGCCGAGAUGUACGAUUCCGAAACGGGUGAGUGGAAGACCCUCCCGAGCAUGAAUAAGCGUCGGAAAAUGUGCUCGGGGGUAUUUAUGGACGGGAAGUUUUACGUGGUUGGAGGGAUAGGUGGGCUUGACUCAAAGCUUUUGACUUGUGGGGAGGAGUAUGAUUUGGUGACCGGGGCAUGGACGGAAAUACCGAAUAUGUCGCCAGUGUGCGGCGGUGCGGCGGCGAGGGAUAACGAGCCGCCGGUGACUUCAGAGGCGCCGCCGUUGAUUGCGGUGGUGGGAAAUGAGCUGUACGCCGCGGAUUAUGCUGAUAUGGAGGUGAGGAGGUAUGAUAAGGGAAGGGGGGAGUGGGUUACGAUCGGGAGGUUGCCAGAGCGGGCGGAUUCGACUUACGGGUGGGGUUUGGCAUUUAGGGCGUGCGGCGAUCGGCUUAUUGUGAUCGGUGGGCCCCGCAACUCCGGGGAGGGGUUCAUUGAGGUGAAUGCGUGGGCUCCCGGCGAGGGGGGCCCGCCGCGGUGGGAGUUACUUGGAAGGAAACGGUCGGGGAGUUUUGUUUAUAAUUGUGCUGUGAUGGGAUGCUGAAAGUCGAUUCUUUUACUAACGGUUGAUGGAUGUUUUCAUAUUCGGACUAGUCUUCUCCCCCGGUCGAGUGACGACGGAAAAGUUCUUGAAGUUGGCUUCACAUAGCAAAGAAAAUAGAUUUCUUUUUUUUUUCCUUUUUUUUUUAAACAGAAACAUAUAGAAUUUGGUGGAAACAUGAUGGCCAAUGUAAUGAUCUGAAUUUGUUGUUGGAAUAUAAUGUACGGGCUAUAAAUCGAUUAUACUUCGACUUUGUAGUAGUUAUAUCGACGACCUUAAUUCAUGCACGAUUGCCUUUGUAUUGUUAGGGUCCUAGAUUUGCAUCCUAGGAAAGUUCAAACUGUUACAAAUUUCUAUAAUCAACGAUGAAUCUUGUUCGGAUUCGAUGUUUUCUUGAUGUUUAAAACAAAACCGAAAAACCCAA